AGAAAGAGGGGCGUUUGAAAGAGGCAGGCUUUCCAUUGGAUAGGAGUCCCUCCGUCACGAUAACGCCCUGUCGCUGUUGAAAGCAAAAAGAUAGAGAUACGGGUUGUAGCAGCUACAGAAGGAGUGAACCGUGAAGGGAGCUUCUUUGGAAGUAAUUUGGUAAGGAGAAUGUCCAACACCCCGGUAGCCGUGGUCACGGGAGCCAACAAAGGCAUUGGAUUUGCUAUUGUGCGGACUCUGUGUAAGCAGUUCUCUGGGGAUGUGUACCUGACUGCCCGGGACGCGAACCGGGGCGAGGCGGCUGUAAAGCAGCUGCAAGCAGAAGGGCUGAAACCACUUUUCCACCAGUUGGACAUCAAUGACUUGCAGAGUAUCCGAGUCCUGCGCGACUUUCUGAAGGAUAAGUACGGAGGGUUAAAUGUGCUCAUCAACAACGCAGGGAUUGCUUUCAAAGUUGCAGAUACAACUCCAUUUGCUACACAAGCAGAAGUCACAGUGAGAACAAACUUUUCUGCAUUGAGGGAUGUCUGCAGAGAGUUACUGCCACUACUAAAGCCUAAUGGCAGGGUUGUGAAUGUAUCCAGUACUGUAAGUGUCCGAGCACUCUCAGGAUGUAGCCAAGACCUGCAAAAGAAGUUUCGCAGUGACACCAUCACUGAAGAAGAACUUGCGAAACUCAUGGAAAAAUUCAUUGAGGACACCAAGAACGGAGUGCAUGAGAAGGAGGGCUGGCCAAAUACUGCUUAUGGGGUGUCCAAAAUAGGAGUGACAGUCUUAUCCAGAAUUCAAGCAAGAUUACUGAAUGAGACGAGAAAGGCUGAUGGUAUUCUACUGAAUGCCUGUUGUCCUGGUUGGGUCAGGACUGACAUGGCCGGUCCCAAUGCCACCAAAACCCCUGAGGAGGGAGCUGAGACUCCAGUUUAUUUAGCCCUUUUACCCCCUGGUGCUGAUAAACCUCAUGGCCAGUUUGUUAGUGAAAAGAAAGUACAGUCAUGGUAACUGCCUUCAUUCAUUCUACAUGAGCGCGCAUGAGAUCUUAGACUCCCUUCUCAAUCCAGAAAGAUCACUUCAGUUGCAGUCACAAGGCUGCAAUGCAGGGAAAGAGAGAGAAAGACCCAUAUGUAGUAAGUAAUCUGAUAACAUAAAAAUGUAUGUGUAGAUCUGCCACCACUUUUGUUAUAUUUUCAUUUUUAUAGGUAUCAUUUUAAAAAAUUUCUUUGUUUUUCUUAUAACUGUACACGUUGCCUCAUAACUGUACAACUUUGUUUUUCUUACACCUUCGCACGUUGCCUCAUAACUGUACAACUUCACAGGUUGCUCACCCCCCGCAGCGCCCCCCCCCCCACACUGUGCAGACUCUAGCUCUGCUUGCAUGGCAGCUUUUUGUGUCCAGAAUCUGAAUAAAUAUCUUCAGUUAUACUAUUUUUUAUUAAUGUGAUUAUGCCAAACUAAGAGUUAGAAAAUAUGUAUCACUUUUUUGAUCAAUAUUGUUUUCUGUAAUGUAUAAAUUCAAAACAGGCAAGGCAAGGAAUGUGUAAAAUUGCAAAAUAAAAAUAUGAUAAAUAAUA